AUGGCGUCUAAGAGCAUCUCGUCAGCGGCUAUCAUUCUUCUUCACGCGGCUUGCGGUGCGGCGGUGCCCUUGAAUCAGGCUGCGACCGGCACGGUUGCUGCUGCGGCUCCGCCUGCUACUUUCACUCCGAACCCCAACGUUGGACCGGGAAGAGGGAACAAUUAUUACACGGACUCGGCGCACUUCCGUCUAUAUGGCGCGAGUGGUACGCAGGCGAGUGCGUCACUCAAUAUGCUCGAGGCUGCUUACGACUGCUACAUAAACACAAUGGGCUGGCGCUCGUCGGGUCUCUCGUACAACUCGGCCAAUGACGAUGGACCAUUCUACAAGGUGAAUGUCUACUCUGUCGGGAGCUUGGGCGGCUCCGCAGGCGUCAUGCAUAACGACGCUGCGUCUGGCCUGGCUUGGCUCGAGGUACUACCAGACUAUCUCGCGAAUCCAUGGAUUACCGUACAUGAAUGGGGCCAUGGAAUUACAUAUGCGGAGCGCUACUGGGUAGACCAAGGACGCACAGGAGCCUGGUGGGAGACGAUCGCGAACUGGGUCGCCGAUACAUACAAGACAUCAACGUUCUGCGCAAGCGCGCGAUCCGCACACGGACAGUCCGCGACGGCCACCGAGAUCAAUCUUCGCAAGAUCAUCGGUGACUCGUACCAGGUGCUUGUCGAUGGCUCCGUCAACACGGGCAACUACUACGAAGCGUGGCCUUUCCUGUCAUACAUCACGGCGAACCCUGACGGGUAUGCUGGGCUAGGAAAGACUGCUGUUCGCGACAUGAUCCGGAAAUACAAUCGCGGGAGCAACGAGACUCCGCUGCACUCACUCGACCGCAUCGCUACGAGCACGACGGCCCAAGCUAUAGUCGCACGCUACUGGGCGCGCAUGGCGUACGUCGAUAUUGGACACCCUACUGCUCAACAGGUCUUCCUUCAGCAGCGCAACAGUCUUAACUACGCCAAUCUUGACGCUCAGGGUACCACAGGUACUUACAAGGUCAAGAGGGCCAGACAACCGCGAUACAUGGGCGCUAACAUUAUCCCGCUGAAGAUAUCCGGCGCCGUCACCGUAACAGCGAAGGUUACGGCCAACAAGGCCUUCACAGCCACUCUGGCUGUCCGCAACACAAGCUCAGGUGCGACACGGUACGUCGAUCUAGCAAACGGUACUGGCUCGACCGCCGUGAGCGCAAAUGAGGAGGCUAGUCUCGUUAUCGUCAACACGCCGUCGUCACUCAUUCUGUUUGACCCGUUCAGUCUCACCAGCGACGUGCAGGCGGGAUUGGACUAUACUGUAACACUCACGGGAGCUACAGCUUGA